CCUCCACCCUUCCCCCCUCCCAUAACGACGUCGUAUCCCCUUAUCCCGCCACAGUGGGACCCAUGAAUCCCUCCACCCUCACUCCCCACCGCUCCGCUUUCCGCUCGCCCUUCCUCAACCCCAUUUCUCUCCCCGCCGCAACCUCCGUACACUCCCGACGACGCCGUUUCAUGGUCUCAUUUCCCCGGAACUCUGCCGCCUCCUCGGAACAAUCAGCAGAUGCUUCACCGCCGCCUCCCGAUGUCUUCGGCGGCAAGAGAGAGCUCACCGGUAUCCAGCCCGUUGUGGAGAAGCUUUCGCCGCCCCUCCGGAUAGUGACGUCGGCAAUUGUGUUCGCUGGAGCUGUGGCUGCGGGUUAUGGGUUGGGUCUCCGGUUGGGGAAGUCCCAAAACGCAGCUUAUGGCGGUGCAGCGGUGCUUGGAGCCGCCGGUGGGGCCGCCUUAUACGCUAUGAACUCUUGUGCUCCCGAGGUCGCCGCGGUUGACUUGCACAAUUACGUUGCCGGGUUCGACGACCCGAAAGCUGUUAAGAAGGAGGACAUUGAAGGCAUUGCGAGAAAAUAUGGUGUGAGCAAGCAAGACGAGGCGUUUAAUGCCGAGCUCUGUGAUUUGUACUGUCGUUUUGUCACUUCUGUUCUUCCUCCUGGAGCUCAAGAACUCAAAGGGGACGAAGUCGACACAAUCGUCAGCUUCAAGAAUUCUCUGGGAAUCGAUGACCCCGAAGCAGCUUCAAUGCAUAUGGAGAUUGGAAGGCGAAUUUUCAGACAGAGGCUCGAGACUGACCGUGAGGGUGAUCUAGAGCAGCGUCGGGCGUUUCAGAAGCUGAUAUAUGUUUCGACUCUUGUGUUUGGGGAUGCUUCAUCUUUCCUCUUACCUUGGAAGCGUGUUUUCAAAGUUACUGAUUCCCAGGUUGAGCUGGCUAUCCGUGAUAAUGCCCAGCAUUUAUACACUUCCAAGUUAAAAUCCGUUGGCAGAGAUAUUGGAGUAGAGCAGCUUGUUAAGCUUAAAGAAGCACAACUCAUGUAUCAGCUCUCUGACGAGCACGCAGAGGACUUGUUCAAGGAACAUGCAAGAAAACUAGUUGAGGCAAAUAUUUCAGCAGCACUUCGUAUACUCAAGUCCAGAACCAGAUCAGCUGCUGGAAUCACGGAAGUUGUGGAAGAGCUCGAUAAAAUGCUAGAACUCAAUAGUUUGCUCAUCUCACUAAAGAACCAGCCAGAUGCAGCUCGCUUUGCACCUGGGGUUGGGCCGGUUUCUUUACUUGGUGGCGACUAUGAUGCUGAUAGAAAGAUGGAUGACUUGAAGCUCCUCUUCAGAGCAUAUGUUACGGAUUCUUUAUCCACAGGUCGCCUGGAAGAGAGUAAGCUUUCAGCCUUGAAUCAGUUAAGGAAUAUAUUUGGUUUGGGCAAACGAGAGGCAGAAUCCAUUGUGCUUGAUGUUACUUCGAAGGUAUACCGUAAAUGUCUUUCACAAUCUGUUACAUCGGGGGAGUUAGAAGCCGCAGACAGCAAAGCAGCCUUCCUUCAAAAUAUCUGUGAGGAGCUGCAUUUUGAUCCACAAAGAGCCAGCCAGAUUCAUGAAGAAAUUUACCGGCAAAAGCUUCAGCAGUGUGUUGCUGAUGGAGAGCUGAAUGAGGAUGAUGUUGCUGUAUUGUUAAGGCUACGGGUCAUGCUUUGUAUACCUCAGCAGACAGUUGAGGCUGCCCAUUCAGAUAUCUGUGGCAGUUUGUUUGAAAAGGUUGUGAAGGACGCAAUUGCAUCUGGUGUUGAUGGUUAUGACGCUGAUGUAAAACAAGCCGUGAGAAAGGCAGCUCAUGGUCUGCGAUUGUCUAGGGAGGCUGCCAUGUCUAUUGCUGGCAAGGCAGUAAGAAAGAUUUUUAUUAACUAUGUAAAACGAGCGCGGUCAGUUGGUAGCCGUACUGAGUCUGCAAAAGAACUUAAAAAAAUGAUAGCCUUCAACACAUUGGUUGUGACUGAAUUGGUGGCAGACAUAAAAGGGGAAUCAUCUGAUUCCGCCACAGAAGAGCCAAUAAAGGAGCCAGAGACAGAAGUCCUGGAGGAUGAGGAAUGGGAAUCUAUUCAGACACUUCAAAAGAUUAGACCCGACAAGGAGCUUGCUGCAAAGUUGGGGAAGCCCGGCCAGACUGAGAUAACUCUUAAAGAUGACCUGGAAGAAAGAGAGAGGACUGACCUAUACAAAACAUACUUGCUGUUUUGUAUAACUGGGGAAGUGAAGAGGAUUCCCUUUGGUGCUCAGAUCACUACAAAGAAGGAUGAUUCAGAAUAUGUGCUACUAAAUCAGCUUGGGGCGAUAUUGGGUUUAAGCACUAUGGAGAUAGUGGAAGUACACAGGAGCCUGGCCGAGCAAGCUUUCAGGCAACAGGCAGAGGUGAUUUUAGCUGAUGGACAAUUGACAAAAGCCAGGGUAGAGCAACUUAAUGAAUUGCAGAAGCAAGUUGGCUUGCCUCCACAGUACGUGGAAAAGAUAAUAAAGAAUAUAACUACUACAAAAAUGGCAGCUGCGAUUGAAACCGCUAUUGGUCAGGGGAGGCUCAAUAUUAAGCAGAUAAGAGAACUUAAAGAAUCAAGUGUUAAUUUAGACAGCAUGAUAUCUGAGAGCCUGCGAGAAAGUCUGUUCAAAAAGACCGUGGAUGAGAUAUUCUCAUCAGGCACUGGAGAGUUUGAUGAGGAAGAAGUCUAUGAGAAAAUCCCAGCAGAUCUCAAUAUUAAUGCUGAGAAGGCCAAGAAUGUUGUUCAAGAGCUUGCACGGACCAGAUUAUCAAACUCACUGAUUCAAGCUGUGUCACUUCUGAGGCAGAGAAAUCGUCAAGGAGUGGUUUCCUCUCUUAAUGACUUGCUAGCUUGUGACAAAGCUGUGCCUGCCAAGCCACUUUCAUGGGAAGUUCCAGAGGAGCUGGCCGAUCUCUUUGGCAUAUACAUGAAAAGUGAUGCGGCACCAGAGAAAUUAUCGCGCUUGCAGUAUCUCUUGGGCAUUAGUGACAGCAUGGCCACUGCUCUCCUGGAGAUGGGAGAUAGAUUACAAACCAUCGGUGCGGAGGAGGAAAAGUUUGUAUUCUGAUCGUCGCUGAGGCAGUAGUAGUAUUAGAAGGUGCACCGGGGAGUAGGCCUCUGCCUGCUAGGCUGAUUUUUGUUCGUCAUCCAUGUUUCCUUGACAAAGAGAGCUAGUGUGAGAGAAUUUAUAAUGUGAUUAUUAUAGACUAGUUGUCAAUGCAAUUGUGAAAAUUCUGGAUAGCCGUAGAAUAAGUUUGUUGCAUCGUUUAAUUUUCGUUAUACGACGAGAUUUUCGACUUCUGGUUUAGAAUGUUUUAAAUCAAAUGUAUCAGGGAAGACCACUUCUGGUUUGGAA